UUAAAAGAUCUUAAUUAUUGGCAUCUGAUUUUUAAAAUCUCGAUAUACUUUCUAUAUGUUAAUUUGUAGAACAGGUGCAUGCUUAAUCAAUCUAUAUGACCCAUGUGAAGACCAUAGAGGGGGGAAAAGAUCACUGCAGAUCUUAAAACGCUGCACCAGCUUGUUGUCCAAGUUUUAAACGUCAAACACAUGCGUUCUGACGAUGACAUCAUCAAUACGCGACGAGUUACAAUUGUGCUAAUUCGUAACUUCACCGGCGUGCUCCGGUUCUCGUGUGUUUAAGCGGCUCCACUCCAUAGUUUAUUUUCUUUACUGAAAAGUUAAAGUCAAAUGAGCUUUAAAAGGAGAAAAAAACAACAUAAAAUAAAAAACAAAAUAAAAUCUUAUCGACGUCCAUUACAAUUUAGAUAAACUCCACUUGGUUCAGAUGUGCCGAGGUAAAUAACGAGCGUUCCCCUUUGGGAUUUUAGCGGCUAAAGAGAUCUUUUGAGAGCUAUCUAGCCGCUGCUUGCUUUUUGCUAUUAAUGCUCAAUGAAAGAAAGCAUUUUCUCAUAAAAAAAUAAUAAUAACAAAAUAAAAGCAGGGUUUUUACUAGGGAAAAUAUGAACAGUAGGCUUCAAGAGAUCCGCGAGAGGCAAAAACUAAGACGGCAACUAUUAGCCCAACAGUUGGGGGCAGAGAGCGCAGACAGCAUCGGAGCUGUCCUCCACAGCAAGGAUGAGUUAAAGGAGAUCGAGGAAACCAGGGAAACUUGCAGGGCUUCAUACGACAGCCUGCUCCCCUCUUCCAAAAGGAAGGCUCCGACAGAGGGAGAAGACACAGAGGAGGAUGUGGAGGAACAGAAAGAUGAAGUGGAAAUGCAGCAGCCAGAUGAGAGCUCUCCCUACGAGGAAGUGUAUAAAGAUUCCAGUACUUUCCUAAAGGGUACCCAGAGCUUGAACCCUCACAAUGAUUACUGUCAACACUUUGUGGACACUGGACACAGACCACAAAACUUCAUAAGAGACGUUGGUUUGGCCGACCGAUUUGAAGAAUACCCCAAACUGCGGGAGUUGAUAAGGCUCAAAGACGAGCUGAUCGCCAGCACCAACACCCCUCCCAUGUACCUCCAGGCUGAUCCCGAGCACUUUGACCUGCGGGAACUGAAGAGCCAGUUUGAUGUGAUUCUGCUUGAGCCACCUUUAGAGGAAUAUUACAGAGAGUCAGGCAUCAGCCACACAGAGCGCUUUUGGACCUGGGAUGAUAUCAUGAGACUGGAGAUUGAGGAGAUAUCGGACCUGCGCUCUUUUGUCUUCCUCUGGUGUGGCUCCGGGGAGGGACUGGACUUGGGCAGAAUGUGCCUUCGAAAAUGGGGCUUCAGGAGGUGUGAGGACAUCUGCUGGAUCAAGACCAAUAAGAACAAUCCUGGCAAGACCAAAGCCCUGGAUCCAAAAGCCGUAUUCCAGAGGACCAAGGAGCACUGCCUGAUGGGAAUUAAAGGAACAGUCCGCAGAAGUACGGAUGGAGACUUUAUCCAUGCCAAUGUGGAUAUUGACCUAAUCAUUACAGAAGAACCAGAGAUGGGAAAUGUUGAAAAGCCCGUGGAGAUCUUUCACAUCAUUGAGCAUUUCUGUUUGGGCCGAAGACGGCUGCAUUUGUUCGGACGAGACUCCACCAUCAGACCAGGCUGGCUAACGGUUGGUCCCAAUUUGACAAACACCAACUUCAACCCAGAGACAUACGCGUCGCAUUUCGCUCUGCCCGAAUCCUACCUGUCCGGCUGCACCGAGGAGAUCGAGAGGCUGCGGCCCAAAUCUCCCGUCAAGCUGAAGUCCGACCGCGGGGGCGGAGCGCCCAGAGGCGGACGUGGAGGACCAAAUGCUGGAAGGGGCGGAGACAGGGGGCGAGAAAGAAACCGGCCAAAUUUCAGGGGUGACAGGGGUGGGUUCAGAGGAAGGGGAGGGCUACAUAGAGGGUUUCAACCUCGAUAGAGGAAGACUGAACUACCCUUUUCUAUCGCAGUUGAUGCGAAUUAUCUUCUUAAUUCAUAUUGUUUUGGGUCGGACAUAUUAGGACCCAAAUAAACUUUUUUUAUGCUA